UUCAUCGUUUGUUCGGUAGUAAUGUCAAUGAUUCUAGUAAAAACAAUAUUAUAUUAAACAAUAGCAUCAGUUGUUAAGUAUGAGUCUGUCUUAACGAAUGAAAAGCUUGGUUGCUAAUAAAUUACUAUAUACAUUAAAGACAAAAAUAUGUUAAUCGUUACUAUUCCUGUUUAAAUUGGCAAUUUUGUGUUGCUUACAUACGAAUAUAGGUACUUUUGAAACAAAUUCCUAACGGAAAUAUAAAAUCAAUCGCCUUCUUCACGGUUAUUCGGUAAAUUUAUUAAAAAAUGAACGAAACGAGGUCCGAUCAUCAAGAUUAUUUUGAAAAGAAACAUAUUUCCGAUACGUUUCGUUUUCUAAUUGGUCAUCUGGUCGUUAAUCAACCAGAAGAUCCUAUUCAAUUCUUAUAUCAACUGAUCGAUGACUGUAUACUGUUCAGAUCGGGACUGAAAGAACCACGUUUAUUUUGGAUGAAAAGACACGUCGAUAGUAUUUUUCAAAGUUUCGAUUCCAGUAGCUCAGGGCAUUUGUCGUUAGACACUUACAAAACUGCCAUGCAAACUUUGGGCAUACGUUCUUAUAAUCCUUGUCCCGUUGAAUGUUUGCCAGGAUUCGUGGAUCAACAAACUUUCCGCAAAGAGGCGUUGUACAGUUUGGAAACCGAGCUCGCCCAUAUUUUUGGCAAAAAUGCGUACUAGCAUAGAAGAUGCGUAUUAGAACGCGUAAAAAAAACAUCGUUUAUCUAAAAUUCUGUAUCGUGCGUAUUCUAAU